AUGUUGCGUAAGAGACUCCUGUAUUUAGCGCAAUUGAGCGCUGUUGGCUUUGGAGGUUAUUAUGUUGGCCAAAAUAAAGAGAAAUAUUGUGAUUUUUUAUACGGAAACUCCGUAACAGUCGAUGGAAAACGUAUUCUUAAUAAGCCAGGCUUGCCUGUAUUUGGCACAGUCUCGGCUGCAACCCCUUUCGUAGAAACUAAUGGAUCUAAAGAUCGGAUAUCACAAAUUAUGAAGUACGGCUUUCCUGGUUUGGAUAAUGUGCGAUCAUAUGACGACUUUGUACUUUCUUAUGACAGACGUAACAGAGUUCCACAUUGGGUGUUUGAACAUAUAACCAAGGAUCAUGUAGCUAAGAAUGAUGCAGUGGAUCGCAGUAAGUGUGAAUUUCAUCCUGAUGAAAGCAUACAUCCUUUCUUUAGAUCACAGAACACAGACUACAAGCGUUCUGGUUUUGAUCGGGGUCACAUGGCUGCAGCUGGUAACCAUAGACUACACCAGAAACAUGUAGAUCAAACUUUCUUCCUCAGCAACAUGGCACCACAGGUGGGUGAAGGUUUCAAUAGAUCAGCAUGGAACAGGUUAGAGAAACAUGUACGGAAACUUACCAAGGUGUAUGACAACGUAUACUGCUGUACUGGACCACUUUAUUUACCCAGGCGUGAAUCGGACGGCAAGUCGUACGUUCGGUACCAGGUGAUUGGAGCGAACUGCGUAGCAGUACCGACGCAUUUCUACAAGAUAGUAGUGGGGGAAACCAGCGAUGGGACCCUCGAUAUGGAGUCCUACGUCAUGCCCAAUCAGAAGAUACCUGAUGAAACGCCCGUCUCUAGUUUUAUGGUACCACCAGAGACGGUGGAGAAGGCGGCUGGUCUACUGUUUUUCGACAAAAUACACAGGAGUAAAUUAAACAGAAUAAAUGGGAAAAAGGUCUAA